UCGGGGAACCAGGGGACCAAGGGAAUCAGGAUGACGGCCAACGGGACGGCGGAGCCGGUGCAGAUCCAGUUCGGGCUGAUCAACUGCAGCAACAAGUACCUGACGGCGGAGGCGUUCGGCUUCAAGGUGAACGCCUCGGCCGCCAGCAUGAAGAAGAAGCAGAUCUGGACGCUGGAGCAGGACGGGGAGGACUCCAGCGCCGUCCUGCUCAAAAGCCACCUGGGCCGGUACCUGGCAGCCGACAAGGACGGCCGGGUGAGCUGCGACAGCGAGGAGCCGGGGCCCGACUGCCGCUUCUUGGUGGUGGCUCACGGCGACGGGCGCUGGUCGCUGCAGUCCGAGCCCCACCGCCGCUUCUUCGGCGGCACCGAGGACCGUCUCUCCUGCUUCGCCCCCGCCGUCUCGGCGACCGAAAAAUGGAGCGUCCACUUGGCCAUGCACCCCCAGGCCAACCUGUACAGCCUGGCCCGCAAGCGCUACGCUCACCUGGGGCCGCGUCGCGACGAGCUGGCCGUGGACCGCGACGUGCCCUGGGGCGUGGAUGCCCUCAUCACCCUCCUCUUCGUCGAGCAGCGUUACAGCCUGCAGAGCUGCGACCACCGCCUGCUCCGCAGCGACGGCCGCCUGGUUCCCGCCGCCGAGCCCGGCACUGCCUUCACCCUCGAGUUCCGCUGCGGGAAGGUGGCCUUUCGCGACGGGGAGGGCCGUUACCUCGCUCCCUCGGGACCCAGCGGGACCCUCAAGGUGGGAAAGAGUGCCAAGGUGGGCAAGGACGAGCUCUUCGCCCUGGAACAGAGCUGCCCGCAGGUCGUGCUCCGAGCUGGCAACGACAGGAAUGUCUCCACCCGGCAAGGGAUGGACCUGUCGGCCAAUCAGGACGAGGAGGGUGACCAGGAGACCUACCAGCUGGAGAUCAACAAGGACACCAAGAAAUGCGCCUUCAGGACCUACACUGGGAAGUACUGGACCCUCACCUCCAACGGAGGAAUCCAGUCCACCGCCUCCACAAAGAACGCCAGCUGCUAUUUUGACAUCGAGUGGUGCGACAAACGCAUCACCUUGAAAGCUGCCAACGGCAAGUAUGUGACGGCGAAGAAGAACGGGCAGUUGGCGGCCUCCAUGGAGACAGCGGGUGAGACGGAGCACUUCGUGAUGAAGCUGAUCAACAGACCCAUCAUCGUCCUCCGCGGCGAGCACGGCUUCAUCGGGUGCCGGAAGGUGACCGGCACCCUCGACUCCAACCGCUCCUCCUACGACGUCUUCCAGCUGGAGUUCAACGACGGGGCCUACAACAUCAAGGAUGCCACCGGGAAGUACUGGAUGGUGGGCAGCGAGUCGUCCGUCACCAGCAGCAGCGACAGCCCCGUGGACUUCUUUUUUGAGUUCUGCGACUAUAACAAAGUGGCCAUCAAAAUCAACGGCAAAUACCUGAAGGGCGACCACGCCGGGGUGCUCAAGGCGUCUGCCGACGCCAUCGACGCCUCCACCCUCUGGGAAUAUUGAUGCACUUUAGCAUACCUCCCUCCCGUUGCCAACUUCUCCUUCCCCUCUUCCCUCCUUUUCGGUUUUCCUUUUGGUUUGUUUUUGAUUUCUGCUGGGUUUUGUUUCUCCUCUCUGUAACAGGAUUGUCAGACUGGCCCUUCCUCCUGCUGUAGUCGGUGCGUUAAGUGAGACUCAGAAGUCUCUGUAAGAACUGGAAAAGGGAUGGGGCAGCCUGCCUAGAGCUUUGUUAGAGGAGUCUGUCCCUCCCCUCCCCCUGCCCACCCCCCCCUCCAGGUUUGCUGGGCUUGGAAACUGCCAUUCCCAUGCACCCCCAACCCCAAGCAUCACCUGAGUUUCUUUUCCUGGGUUGAUAAAAGGGAACAAGCUCACCUCCGUGCUCUGUGCUCGCCUGUGCCGUGGCAGCGCUGGCACCGCCUCGGGCUGUGCUGCUGCUGCCCCCAAGCACCCGUCUGUGUCCACCUGCCCUGCUCCAGCCUGGGCAGAGCGAUGGUGCUCGGUGCCCCCUUGGCUCCCCCAGCAGCUUCUCUCUGCUCCUGUCUCUCGGGGCAGGAUUCAGCCCCAGCUGAGCCAUAAGAGGUGACCUUACAUAUCGCAGCAUCCCCGGGGCCAGGGCUGGCGUGUGCCAGCACGUGUCCCCGCGGAAGGGCCAGCAAGCCCACCCCUCCCCAUGCACCUGGAAAUGAUUUUUUUUAGGGUGAUCCCUUCUGGAAAGUCUCAGCCUUUCAUCUCAUGAAGCUCUGUGCUCCUUGUGUCCCUCUGCCCCUCCCUAUGUUCCUGGCUCAGGACGAGCAUCAACGAGCCCAAUGGUGG